AUUCGCGGCAGUUCAUUCCGAAGGACUCGUUGCAGUACGAGUCGGACGUUUUGCCCUGUUGGGGAAUCGCGCAGUACAACAAACCCGAGCACACUUGGAAGUACAAGCCGCAGCAUUUGAAGUACUACAUGAUCCACGAGCAAAAGGGCCCGCAGAAUAAUGGGAUUUUUGGAGGGGGCAACAUGAUGAACAACAAUACGACGGGUCUCGCCGCGAAGACCAACAGCUGGAACCCGCAAGCAGGAAGCAUGUGGAGCACGAACGAACAGGACCAGCACACAUUAGUUUCCAACACCGACGCCCAGUACCAACUGCGACAGGGUGCGUUAUCAGAUCCGGGGGCGGACCCGCUUCCGGAGCUGCUGGCCAUCGAAGCGGAAUGCUCGCCCUGGGCGCGGGCAAAGGCGUUUGAAAUGAGGCGAACCGGGUGGGUGGCGGUGAAGUGCGGAUUUGAGAACGUAUCAAAUGCAAAAAUAUCUGGGUCUGGAAACUUGUGAUGCUGGGCGGCGUCUCAUCAUGAGGCCACAAAUGCUGGCUCAGCAUGACAAGUUUCUGAGCUUCUAGGUGUUGCCUAUUCUGCAUGACAAACUGCGUUUCUGCAUCACAGAGAAGUGGAGCUCUUGGGCAACGUGCAUGACAGAUUUCAGAGUUAUGCCAGACAGGCAUGACAAACAUGCAUUCUUCCAGACCCAGACACUUUUGCAUUUGAUAGAACGCGGUGGGCUACAAUACCGCGCCG